GCGAUCUGCAUGUGCCGGAGGCUGGCUGUGUGUAGUUUUAGGGCUGUGUUAUUUUUAAGUAGACAUUAAUUCUAAGUGGUAGUUUUUAUGGAUUUUAUUGUGAUAAUAGUUAGCCAUAAUUAUUAAAAAAGGUAAAAUGAUAGUGGUCUUAAAAUGCCUCCAAAUUUAUGUAAUUGUGUUAAACUUAUCUGUGAUCAGUGCCAACCCCAUUAACACAAACAGUGAUAAUUCUGCAAUUGGAGUGAAUAUGGAUCCUGAUUCACGUGAACUAUUUAUUAGAAACCAAAUAUUAUGUGGGGAUCGUUUAACGAAAACUGUGCACAAUAUAUGUUCAGUACACAAUUCUGCUCCCUCAAGAAGAAAAAGACAAAUUGCAAACGAUUGUUGCAAAAAAAGAGAAGGAUGUUCUUUCGAAUAUUUAACAAGAUAUUGUGCAUCAAUUGAUAACGAAGGUAUCAAAAGGAUGUUGGAUGAUAUAAAAUUAAAAAAUAAAAAUAAACAAAAAAAUAUAAUACCACAACAAAUUGAUAAAUCUGAACCUAAUGAUUACGUACAGGUUAGCCAUUCAAACAAUACAUCAAUUAGUAGUCGUCAAAUACCUCAUUUGAAUCAUUCAUCACAGGAAAAACAUACUCAUCGUACAUCGGGUGACAUCAAAGAACCUCAUCGAACAUCAAAUGCUAACAAAUACCAUCAAAAACCCAGGGGAAAACGCAACUGUACAUGUAAACGGCGAAAGCAAAAGAGAAUUCGCAAAUAUGAUCAAGCGAAGACAACAAAUAAAAUAUCUGGUGGCGAAGUGGGGAUGAUCACAAAUAUGGGAAAUCCGUUUUAUGUUGGAAACUAUUAUUAAGUUUUCUGAAAAUAUGUUGGGUUUCGUUCGACACUCAUAUUAACAAUGAGCGUUAGUAUUCUUUCGGGACCAAAGCCAAAGAACCAUGCGUAUUGCUUUGGUUUGAUUUAGAUCUCUAAACCUUUGUGUAUUUAUUUAUUUUAGUUUAUUAGUAAUACAAAUAUUUUUAUACCGAA